UUGAAUGUAGCAUUCGAAGGUGCUGGUCUUGCUUGAGCUUGUGCCAUCUUUAUCUUUCAAACAAAACAAGUAUAUACCCUGUCCAGUGGAAAAGUUUUAAUGGAUCGCGUUGGGAAAAGUAGUAACGGCGAAAAACAGAGAGGGACGUGUGCGGGCCCAAAUCGUGAGACGUGAGAAGAGAAGAGAAGACUUUAAACAAGACUCGAGAGAAGAUUAGAAACCAGAGAAGAGACUACGGAGUAAUAUGGCCACACAUGUGUUUGAGGAGAUUUCUGUCAGUGCAGAGGAGAUCUUACAGUGCUCGUACUCGAGCUGGAGCAGACAAGUGCCGCAAGAGAAUCUCAUACCGAGUAAAGUACUUGCCAUACCGCGAGAAUUCCUUGAGUAUUUGGAGAGUGAGAGUAUAACGAUACCCCGGAAGGUAGAGCAGGCCACUCCGAAUAGCGAUAAUGAAUUUAGUGAUUGGGAAGAAGAAGAAGAGGAAAGAGUGGACCCGACCAAGAAUUUCCCGCAAUUCCACCAGGAGAUCAUUAAGGGAAUCAAAGAGUUGGGAGGAGUGAUUAUUCCCAAAUUGAAUUGGUCAGCACCCAAGGACGCCACGUUUAUGAUGAUCAACAACGAGAUGAAGUGCAGUGAUGUGAAUGAUGUAUAUAUUUUGUUGAAGCUGUCGAAUCAUAUCAACCAUGAUUUGGAUGCCGCAUUUGAAGAAGUGAAGGAGGUACCCGAUAUUAAGUACGAGAUGGUGUUGAAACAAUGGAUUAAUAUCAACCCAGCAUUAGAGUUUCGUAUAUUCAUUAGACAGGGCCGCAUCAUUGGGGUUAGUCAACGAGAUUUGAACUACUAUGAUUAUUUGGAGGGAUUGAAACCAACAUUCCAGGAACUAAUCGAUCAAUUUAUCGAGUCCAUCGACGUCAACAUGGAGAAAAUGAUUAUUGAUGUAUACAUCCCCAAACCGUAUAACCGGGUGAUUAUUAUUGAUAUUAAUCCAUUCAGCAGGAAAUACGAUCCAUUGUUAUAUACUUGGAAUGAAUUACUACAGGAAACCCCCAAUUACGAGAUACGAUUAAUAAAUGAAAACAAUCUAGGAAGAUUUUCACAUAAGGAGAACAGCGAGAACCAGGUACCAUUAGAAGUGAUUAACGCGUCAAUGAAUACCGAAUCAAUGAUUGAAUUAGCUCAAAAAUGGUCGAGUAAUUAACUAUUUAUAGCAAUUUUCAGGUAAAUUAUUAUUAUUAUUUUUUUUUUUUUUUUUU